UCUGGCCUCGCGCAGACAAAAUGGCGUGACUUUUGUAGUUUUUUCUCACUUAAAACGGCCUUGGAGUUAGUAAAGCUGUGUAAUGUGUCUUUAACUCCUCUGUGAGCUCGCUAAAUGAUGAGCUGUGUCGGUGUUGCGGUGUGACUCGGGGAGAUGUGAGAGUAGUGUCGGUGUUACGGUGUCGUUCGGUAUCUUAUAAAGAAGUGUUUCCGGGUCGGUGUGCGGUUUGAAUGCUCUGUGUUGUAAUCAGGUCGAGGCUGUUAUCACCUCCACCUGCUCACUUUUCACACUUUUUUACGGGUUUAUAGCAGGAAAAAAACAACGCGAGCUUUUUACAGUGUCAUGAAAGAAAUGUCCAGCACCAUGCCUGGCGGGCAGCAGCAGCCUCAGAAACACUACGGCAUCACCUCCGCCAUCAGCUUGGCCCCGCCACGAGAAAUAGACCACCAGUACACCAAGAAGCUCUGUGAUGCUAUGAAACCUUUUGGGGUGUUUGAGGAUGAAGAGGAGCUGAAUCACAGACUUGCAGUUCUGGGGAAGUUGAAUAACUUUGUUAAAGAGUGGAUCGCAGAGAUUAGUGAAUUAAAGAACCUUCCACCGUCGGCCAUCAGCUGUGUUGGAGGAAAGAUUUUUACAUUUGGUUCAUACAGACUCGGAGUUCACACAAAAGGUGCUGAUAUCGAUGCCUUAUGCGUUGCUCCUCGACAUGUAGAGAGAAGCGACUUUUUCUCGUCUUUCUUUGAGAAGUUUAAACAGCACGAAGAGAUCAAAGACCUCAGGGCUGUUGAGGACGCUUUUGUACCCGUGAUAAAAUUCAAAUUUGAUGGCAUAGAGAUUGACUUGCUCUUUGCCAGACUGGCCUUACAGUCCAUUCCAGACAACCUGGACCUGAGGGGGGACUCCAUCCUCAGGAACCUGGACAUCCGCUGCAUCCGCUCCCUCAAUGGUUGUCGAGUGACUGAUGAGAUUUUGUACCUGGUGCCAAACAAAGAAAACUUCAGACUGACUCUGAGAGCCAUCAAACUGUGGGCCAAACGUCGGGGGAUCUACUCCAACAUGCUGGGCUUUCUGGGCGGUGUGUCGUGGGCCAUGCUGGUUGCUCGAACCUGUCAGCUCUACCCCAACGCUGUGGCUGCUACGCUGGUCCACAAGUUCUUCCUGGUCUUCUCCAAAUGGGAGUGGCCCAAUCCUGUGUUACUGAAACAACCUGAGGACAGUAACCUGAAUCUACCCGUGUGGGACCCCAGAGUAAACCCCUCUGACAGAUACCACCUGAUGCCCAUCAUCACACCUGCCUAUCCCCAGCAGAACUCCACCUACAACGUCUCCACAUCGACACGCACCAUCAUGAGCGAGGAGUUCAAAUUUGGCCUCAGCGUCACAGAUGAGAUUCUUCAGGGAAAAGCAGAAUGGCCAAAACUUUUUGAACCUCCAAACUUUUUCCAAAAAUACAAGCAUUACAUCGUCCUGACUGCCAGCGCGUCCACAGAAGAAAACCACUUAGAAUGGAUCGGGCUGGUGGAGUCAAAGAUCAGAGUUCUGGUGGGAAACCUGGAGAGGAACGAGUACAUCACACUGGCUCAUGUCAACCCUCAGUCCUUCCCCGGGUCCAAAGAGAACCGCAACGAGAACGACUUUGUGUCCAUGUGGUUCAUCGGGAUCAGCUUCAAGAAGGUGGAGAACGCAGAGAGCGUCAACAUCGACCUGACCUACGACAUUCAGUCCUUCACAGACACAGUGUACAGACAGGCCAACAACAUCAACAUGCUGAAGGACGGGAUGAAGAUUGAAGCGACACACGUGAAGAAGAAGCAGCUCCAUCAGUACCUCCCUCCUGAGCUGGUGCAGAAGAAGAAGAGGAGCAUAGCGGAGCUGAACCGCAGCUCGAACGGGGGCAGCUCCAAGCGGCUCUCUCUGGACAGCUCUCACCUGGACAGCUCCAGAGACACAGACUCAGGGACCCCCUUCAGCUCCCCCUCCGCCAAACCCUUUAAACCCGCGUCUGACACAGAGGACAGUGUCAGCCCUCCCAAGCAGCUGUUUGGCGAGGGUUCCCCAACACCCACCGCUGCUGCAACCGCUGCACCCACCGCUGAUCAAACCGCUGAUCCCACCGCUGAUCCCACCGCCGAUCCAACCGCUGAUCCAGACAAAGCACCAAGUCCUGGUCCAAGUCCAGCUGCAUCUCCAGCUGCUCCGGACCAGGGCAUGUCCAUCCCCGUCAUCGGCUCAAAGCCUCCAGUCAAAGCGAAGCCCCCCUCCCCUCCACCCAGCAGCCCUGUGCCGAGUGGAGACGUGAAGCCCAACGCGGCCAGCAGCCCACAAGACGAAUCCAACGGCCUGGAGGACACGCUCAACGGAGCCGCCGCUAAAAGACCUCACUCCCCCACAGAGGAGGACCCCGCUAAGAGACCCCGAGACUCUGAGGCUGUUUCCAGUGAUGACUGCACUUUUAAAGAGCCGUUUCCUCCCUCUGACACAGAAGGACAAAAUACAACCCCCCUCUCUGGAUCAAAGGCUAAACCCAUUCCAACCAUCGACACCUCAAGAACACAGAGACUGCCCAGCAUGGAGCUUCCUGACGCCUCCUCUCCUCUCCCGGCCAGUAACAGUUGUCGGGUGGUGAAGAACUCCAUCAAACUGGCUCUGAACCGCCACAACAUCACCCCUCCCAAGCCCCCGGUGUUUGAGACGACCCCCCCCACAGAGACUCUUCCUGCAGGAGAGGAGAAGGGCAUGUCCAUUCCCGUCAUCGGCUCCAAACAUGUUACAUCCAAACACGUGGCUCCCCCUGUUGGCAGCUCCAUCCCCACGUUGGUGAGUCGAGGGGCCGACCCUCUGAACGGAGCCGCCUCCAAAAGACCCCACUCCCCCUCUCUGGAGGAGCAGGCCAAGAGGCUGAAGGAGACCGAGAAGGCCAGGAUUCAUAUCUCCUGAACGCAGACUGGACUUAUACAGAGAGGGGCGUGGCUUGUAAACUGGAUCUCACAGAGGGGGCGAGGCGUACGGACUGGAUCUUACAGAGAGGGACGGGGCUUACAGACAGCGGACAUGACCUCCAACAGACACAGGAAGUGUGUCCACGUCUCCACGGUUGGCUCUGUUAGCUCCGUUAGCUCCGUUAGCUCUGUUAGCGCGGUUAGCUCUGUUAGCUCCCAGCAGGACCUUUAACAGUGAGGAGUCGUCUCCUCUCCGAGUUUAAGCGUACAGGCGGAGACGUUUUUGUUUCAGUUUCUUUUUUCCAGUGAACACGUUUUAAAGAGAACUUUAUGGACAGUUUGUGCACACGCUCGAGCUGAACGCCGACUCUUUGUUUCUCCUGAACACAAACCUGUACAGUAAAUGUUGAUGUACAUAACUUUUGUCUUAAAAAAAAAAAAAAAAGAAGCAAAAGAAUCGCUGUCGAGUCUUUUGAACAUUUAUUGUAGUUUUAUCUAAAAAGAAAAAAAAAGUUUAAAAAAUUGUAAUAUUUCGUUUUUCUCUAUCGCUUGUCCCCAAAAAAAGAAAAAAGAAACGGUGUCAUCCCUGGAUCUUUUUGUAAACACUGUAAAGGUUUGAUUCAGUUUCAGGAGGAUUUCUGACACAAACACACAACGACCCUCAGAGGACUGCAGAGCGAGGAAGAGGAGGACGAGGACCACCAGAGACCACACACACCUGUCAGGUGAAUCAUUCUCACGACAACAGAAACAUGGUGGGCAGGUGUGAAGCUUGAGGGUUAUUACAGAGAAUCAAAUCGAGUUAUUGAUCCUGAUCGGCUGCAAGAGGCGCUCACUCACCUGAUGGUUAAAGGCCUCAUGUUCAGGUGUGUUUAACCCUUCAGGUGAGACACUCAGUGUGAGUGUGAGCAACCCUUAAAGAUGAUCAGAUCACCUUUAGUCGCCCCCCCCACACACACACACACACACGCGCCACCGCUCAGUUCAGCAUGCAGCCUGAUUCCGACUCUGUCGCGGCGCUGCGAGAACACAUGAUGGAAGCUUUGUGACCGUGUGUGUGUGCUGCAACAUUGAUUGAUUGAAGACAAAGUUUAUGUCCAAACAUUUUAAUAAUUUAAUCGAUUUAAAGCAAACAAGAUGAUUUCCUACUUCCUCUCGUUUUGUAAAUGAGUUAAUUACACGACCCUCUGACUCGUUAAGACUAAUUGAUUAAUCCUUAAAAGAACAGCUGAUUAGUCAAGAAUGGAAAAAUCAUAAUUGCGGCGUGUGUGUGUUGGCAGUAUGUGUGAACAGAUAGAUUUCCCUGCGUGUGUUUGUCGAGCCCUUGCGCCUCCUGUGGAGGUUCUUAGACAGCAUCAUGGGGGGGCAGUCACAGCAUAGUGGGGGGGUCAGGCAUGUUUGAUUCCAGGUGAGCUAAAGCGAAGCUGAGGCUCCGCCCUCCUCUUCCUCCUCUUCAUCAGAGACUAAAUGUACAGAGAAGAGGUUUUUUUUUUCCAGAGACGUAUUCUUCUUCAUGACCGGGGUUUUCUUAUCACUUUAUUUAUAUUUACAUAUUUGUACCAUGUUAUCUUUUUUUUAAUAGCAUCAUAGCAGGUAGGUCUCUUUGAAUGAACUCUUCAUCUCUGUGUUUCUGACGGACAUGUCGGUGUUUGUUUCUAAACUGUAUUCAAAGGGUAUUUUUCUAUGUGUUUAUCACCUCCUUUAAAUGAGUCUGUACACCAUUAAACCCCAAAAACUA